AUGCUGAAGAAAUCAGUGCUUGCGGCCGUCCUGAGCUGCCUGGCCCUGGCUUUGGCCCAGGCGACACCAGAACCAGAGGACUGUUUAGGGCUUCCAGCCGACUGGACGAAAAGGACGGAUAGCAUGCUCGUGCACCUCCCUGAAGGGUACAAUUCAGAUAUUGGCAUUAUAGGUGUCCUCGAUCAAGUGGUAUUUGGAAACGCAACCAUGACAAACAUGAGUCAAAAUCUGGAAUUGGACAUCGCGUUUAGUACGUUCUGCUAUGGGGACAAGAGACUCAUUGUCUUCAGCAUACGAUGCCGGCACGAAUGCCUUCGACUAAGCUUGCCCUGCAGUCACGCGGGCCUCGGACUCUCUGGCGAAGCUGUUUCGUUACUCAGGGAACUCGAGCUUCAGGCAGAGGUAGCGGUCACCGAGACCGAAGACCGUAACGUGUACGAUGUAGUAAGAGUCACUCCCAGGAAGCUGGAAGCCAGAGCGUUACACAUUGCAGCUUUUCCCUGGUGGGCCAAGCAUGCGAUCAAAGUGCUCGUGGACCUGUUUCUCAAUCGUACGUUGCAGGAACUUCUCGCAAAGAAUCUUUUCGGUGCUUUCAGACGCGCCAUUGAGCAGAAUAGCCCCUGA